UACAGAAGCAUUAUAAAAGUCUGACGGGCCAUGAGUAGCCAGAGAGCGAGCCAGGUGUGGACAGCGACGGGCUGCUGCCAGCGGAAAGGUGAACAUCGUUUAGAGCAAGUUCCAGGUGCGACGGUCACACCUGGCGACAGGACAGAGAAGACAGUUGAGGGCUUGUCACACCUGACUGGCGGGACAUCAGGAACAUGGCGGUGUGACAGAAUGUCGUUUUUCACCAUCCCGCCACCUCGCUGCGGUGCUAGGGCUUGUCGCCGGUCAGUUAACAAGUAUGAUUUGAUGGUUUUGGAACACGGCGCUACCGGACUAACAGAAGAGCGCAUGGUCCUUGCCUUUCAGGUGUUGGAUGAGCUUAUUCCACAGCUGGGCCUAUAUUCCAGAAUCUUCACCAAACUGCGCGAAGAUUUAUUCAAGGCUGUAUAUAGUGGUGAAUUGACAGGGGUGGUCGAGGAAGGUACAGAUAAUAAGAGUGUUUGUGGUGAAAGCUACAUACAACGUUUGCCCUACUUUGUGCUUGUGAAGAGAACACAUGAUAAACAAAAUGAGCAGAUAGAGGAACUUAAAGAGCAGCUAGACAUUGUUAAAAAAAGGCUGUUUGACAAGCACAAGCAGUUUGAAGAAAGCCAGGAGAAGACAGCAAAGCUACAAGAGCAGAUUGACCAUUUGAAUAAAGUGGAAAAUGAACUACAGCAGAUCAUCAGUGAAAAGGAUGCAGAAAUUUGCAGGAUUGGACAGGAGAUGGAAAAAAAUUGGAAUAAUGCUGAGAACAUGCAGCAUCAGCUUGAGUGUGACAUUGCAGACUUGAAGGAUUCCCUGAUAGAGGCUAAGCAAGAGAUAGAAUAUCUGUCUCAGUUCAAGAAAGGCUAUGAUGACAUGUACUAUGCAUUCACUGACAAAGAUCAAGAGUCAGAUGAGGAUAACAGUGCCAAGAAAAAUCCGCAGACAAUUAUUGCUUCAAAACGGGAAUACUUGAUUGGAGAUGUUCACUCAGCAAACCACAUGGAGGAACAGAUUUUAAGUGUGAUGAACACAGCAAUGGAAGAAUUUGACAAGUUUCUUGAGAGCCACAAGCAGGCACUAGAGGAAAAGGUAAUAACUGCCGACAUGACAGAUGCUGAGAUGGACCUUCAAGAAAUGGAGCUGGAUGAUGCAGAUCAAGAGUUGGAAGUGGUCCAGCUUCGAUUUGAGAGCACAAUACGCGCAAUGUUGUCUGAGCUGGACCUGCUGCACAAGCACAACAACAUGAUGAUGGAGCAGCUUCAGAUGCUUGAGGAAACCAACCCAUCGCUAGCAAAAAAUAAAAAUGUAGAACAUGUGAAGUUCUCAAGUGGAAAGAACAAUGAAUCAAUUUUGUGGGCUGGGCUGGAUGAAGAUGAUGGAAAACACAAUACAGCAGACCCAUACAUCCCACAGGAUCGAGUUUUCAGCAAGUAUGCUGCCAUGCUGUACACAUCAAACAACUCUGGAAAGACUUUUGAGGAAUUCAAGGAUGCCAAAUACUGUUCAAGUUGUGGUGAAAAAACAGUGAUUUGCCCUCAUAAAGCUGGAGGAACAGAAAAGGUGUUUGUGCUGCCUCACAACUGUACCCACCUCAAAAUUUCUAGACCAAAAGUUCGUGUUAACAGGGAAUUAGUUCAGAUGCUAGUGAAGCCACCAAGCCCUGAGUUGACGCUUAAUGUCGAACCUGUCCUGAGCAGUGCAGUACAGAGUUAUCAGCCAGCCCAUAAUAUGUCUCUCACACCAGACACUGUCACAUCCCAAGAAAGCCCUUCUUACAGCAUGGGAGAGGCCUACAUGGUUAACUCAUUUCAAAGAGUUUGGGAUGACUACCACAUCCGUACCGACCUCAGUCGCACUAUUCCACGUCCUCUUACUCAGGAGCAGACAGUGUCAUUAUUUGAAGAGUUUCUUGCAUACAUCAUCUUGCAGGAUGAAACAGCAGGAGAAAAAUUAUGCUUCUCAAUACUUGACAAUUUGUAUAAUUUUAUGAAGUGGCGCUACCUUCUGGAUGAUAUUAUGUACAUGAUGACCCAUGAUUUCUUAUCAUCUAUCAUAAAGUAUUCAGGUGCUGACAAGAUGAUUGAGCUUUUGGAUCAUGUAUUGGUUGGCAACCUGGAUGCUUCCUGCCUUCGCUAUGUUAUGCUCAUUGCUGACUUCAUCAAAAUGGUUGACUGGAUGGAGGUUGAAGACUUCAGGGCCUUUGCAUCACUUGUCUACCCUUUCCUAACAGAGGAUGAUCUUGAGACCCUGCAAAUGAGUUACAUAUCAUUCAGUGAGAAUCACAUCUCAAAACAGCUGGUCUGCAGCUUCAUCAUUCAUAUUAUCCUCAAGUACAGAGAGCCUCGAUUUCAUGAUUUGGAGAACAAGCUGUUACCUUUCCAAAUUUCUGAGAGUGGUCAUCUCACAGACAAAGAGCAUAAAGACGCUAUGGACAGUAUUGUCCCUCUCUGCAAUGAGCACAUGCGCCGCCGUCUGUUUCUGGAGGCUGAGAAAGCUGUGGCACAUGAUAGCAUAUCCAAUGCUGUUCCAGUCAUGCGUCUUGCACAGAUUACAGGCUACUUAGCCUUGCAGCAAAUCACUGCUGUCAUCAAAGAAAAUCUUAACACAAAUAUUGCUGAAUGGCGGAAACGACCUAGCAGCACUGGCUCAGCUCGACAAACCGCUGAUGUCACUCAUCAAACUGCAGGUGCUAUGGGCGAUGACAAGCUGAUUACACUUGAUAAAAUCAAAACACUGGCUUCUAAUAUGGCACGAGCAGCCAAACAUCGAAAAGAACGUCAGGCCCAGUCACGUGAUGAAAUCAACAGGUGAUUUCAAACCUAGUGCAGAAUAUGUGCAAAUUACCUGUGAUCCCUUAGUAUGUUGGUAAUCAUGUUUCUGCUUUAUUAUUAAUGGACAUAACUUACAAUUUUCAUUCAGAAAGUGACUGUAAUGGGCUUAAUCAUCUAGCUCACUCUAGGGCAAGAAUAAGAGAUGGAAACUGAAUACAUCAUCAGUAAUUUGUAUUAAAUGAAAAGAAAUUUCACUCCCCUCCCCCCCCAAAAAAAAAAGUAAUCUUAACAUACUGGAUUAGUUUCUCGUGUGCUAAAUCAGAGGCAAAGUUAAUAACAACUCACCUUAGAUGCUGCAGAAAGAUAACUUUCUAACAAAGGAAAGUUUUCUGAAAAAAAGUCUAGAAUACAUUUAUACAAGUUGAUGUGUAAUUGCUUCCCUAUGUUGAAGUAAUGCAAUGAAUGGUAACUUAGUAUAUAGACACUAAAGUUAAUGUUUGUGCAAAAUUACUCUUAACUUAAAUUGCAGAAAACUAUUAUUACUAAAGCUGUAUAGAUAACUGCAAGCACAUAAGUAUCAAUUUGCAAUUGUUUGUGGUUAAUGCCGUGCCAGCAACUAGGGCUAUAUCACGACUUGCACUUUGCAAAUUAUUUUGCAUAGAAAAUAAUGUUACUUGCCUUAUGUAUCUUUAAUACAUAAUAAAUACUGAGGCCAGACUUUCAAAGACUAGCAU